AUAUGUACAAGUUUAUUGAUGGUGGUAUCACAAUAAGAACUUUACGUUGAUAGUCAAUAACCUGAUAUAGGCUGGUCAGUUUAAUGUUUAAAUUAAUGCGGUGUUAUGUGGAUGAUUUGAAGCCAUAGUAAACAAAAGGACUUGAAAUUAUAUUUGGAGCAACCCCUCAAGGUUUGUGAAUAAGGAAAUGUUAUACUCGACAAAUGAACUGAAGUAUUGUGAUGAUUUCAUCACGAUAUGAACAGAACAGAACAGAAAUUUUAUUCAUAAAACGUCAGAACUAUGUCAAAGCGGACAAAUAAAGUAGUACACUCAGAUACAUCAAAAGAAGAAAAUGAGAUUUCGCUGGAUACAGUUCUCGAACAUAGCGUGAACUCUCGUGACGAAAAUAUGAUGGCCAUGGAGGACAAAACAUCGAACCCAAACCGGAAACAGCGUAAAGCGAGAAAAAAAGCUAAACAUCUUAGCCAGAAAUGGCAAUCCAUGCCAUCUCGAACGAUUGAUGACAUGGUUGGAAAGUUGUCUAAUAAAGAUGAUGAAACUCUUACCAAGCGAUCAUUUGAUAGAACAGAUGAAGAAGAUUUCUCACUCUCGUAUGUAGAAGAUGUCAAAAAGCAAUCCAUGCCAUCUCGAACGAUAAAGCCUCGGCCUCACUUACUCCCGGCAGAUGAGACUGUAGCUUAA